AUGAAGGUUGUGAUACAAAAAGUGAAAUCGGCAUCUGUUACAGUGGACACAAAAGUCGUUUCAUCCAUUCAGAAGGGAUUGAUGCUUCUAGUUGGUAUAUCGACCGAGGAUACUGAACAGGAGGUUGAAAAAUUAUCAUCCAAGAUAUUGAAGCUUAGACUUUUCGAAGAUGAGAGUGGUACAAUGUGGAAAAAGCCUAUCACUGAAAUUAAUGGACAGAUACUCUCUGUUUCACAAUUCACCUUAAUGGCGAGAACUAAGAAAGGUUCAAAACCAGAUUUCCACUUGGCUGCUAAAGGUGCUGAUGCUAAGGUGCUUUAUGAAUCAUUCUUGUCCAAACUGAAAGCGAACAUAGGUCAUGAAAAUGUUCAAGAUGGAGUCUUUGGUGCCAUGAUGGAUGUUGCCUUGGUGAAUGAUGGGCCAGUAACCAUAACUAUAGAUAGCACUGAUUAA